UUAGAUAGCUUAGCCUGUUUCACUGUAUGGUACUACCGCAGUUCAUUCUCUUAUUAUAUCAGCGAUUUAAGUGUAGAUUUAAUUUAUGCAAAAUCGUCUGGGUUUAAAAAAAAAAAGUAAGCAUCCAUUAUGUUUAGUCAAUGUGAAUGCUAUUGCACUAGCGAGUUUGCUUUGUUAUUUUUAACAGACAGGUGUAGCUAGCAGGACAACUUUGUGUUGUAAUGUAUAAAUGUGACAUUUUAGUUUUGUAGACCUAUCUGACUAGUUGUCUGGAAAGCUUUCGGCGAGAUACAUCUUAAUUCAUUUAAUGUUAGAGCGCUAAAUUUAGAACGAAAGCUAGUUAAGUAACUAACGUUAGCUAACUUCCGGUUUCAAUUAAAUAGCCCGCAAGCAGGGUUUGUCUGAUCGAGCUGCACGAUGUCUACGUCGAAUUUUAAGAAUAAGUGUGUUGCACAAGUGAACUGUAUUUACUGCGACAGUCUUCUGUGCACGAGAGGCAUGAAAGCUGUGCUGUUAGCAGAUACAGAAAUCGAGCUGUUCUCCACUGACAUGCCUCCAAACAGGACUGUCGAUUUCGUUGCAGGCUGCUAUUCGACAGAAAGCUGUAAAUGCAAAUUAAGAGACAUUGCCUGCCUGAAGUGUGGAAAUGUUGUGGGGUAUCAUGUCGUGGCUCCGUGCAAACCCUGCCUGCUCUCCUGUAACAACGGCCACUUCUGGAUGUUCAACAGCGAAGCUGUUUCCACCAUCAACAGACUGGAUGCAACAGCUUCAUCCCAGGGAGGAAAGCAAGGAAAGGAAACGAUGAGGCGCAGUAUAAGAAAUGAGAAGCACCCAUAGUCUUGGGUUCGUCCCAGACUGCAUACUGCCACACUAAACAGAGUGAAUCUGCUGCUGUGGGGAGAUCUACCAGAGCUUGAGGGAAGUGAGGAUGAGAGCACAGACAGCCUUUCAGAAGAGGAAUACCUCAGAUAGAAGGCCAUUGAGGUACCAAAUCCCCCACCCCCCUCCACCCCCAUUUCCUUUAAUGAACUACUUGGGAGACUCAAGAGUCACGGUUUGAAGCACAUCUUGUUGUCAGCUCGUGGGUCGGGGCGGGGCGGGGCGGGGGGAGGGGGUGUGUGUUUGGGACACAGACACCGCAGAAUGACGAUGCUUGUCUUAUCUUGAAGCUUGUCUUAUAAUUGCACCCUCAACAGCAGGCUGCUUUUGAGUAUAUUUUUGCUACAGCACCCAAUUUGACUAUAUCACGUCAUUUUCUUCUUGCCAAUUUCAUUACAUAUGAUAAACUCAGAUAGCUUAAAUGACAAUGGUAUGUUAAGUUAUACGUGAAAAUAAGCAAAGUGUCCAAAUAAGCCAGUCAUGCAGUUGUUAAAGCACAGCAUUGUGCUAUAUUUAUUAAUUUAUUUCAUUAUUUAGGGCCUAAACAACAUACUUGAAAUGUAACAAAUGUGAGCAACAUUUUUUUUUCUGUGAAGGACUCACAGAAUCACUUCAACUGUAAUUGUAUUAUAACCACUUUUAUUUUAUCUUGCCAUGGCUUGUAAUUUGAGUGAAAUUCACAAAACCAGUUAAAUAAUAUAACAGUGUGAAUGUCACUUACUUUAACCUGGAGCUGAAUAACGUGUUUAAAUGCAUACAAGGCGUAGUUUUGGUCUUUUAUUUUGUACCAAUUUUUAUUUUUAAUAUUCUUUGGAAAGUUUUAGGUUAAAGUAGAAUAACACAAUCUCAUAAUAGCAUUAGGGUGAAUGACUCCGCUUGCUUUCAGAGCUUGCCUGGUUGCAGCGUUUUUAUUAUAAUGCCGAUGUAUGUAACCAAACUACUUAAACAGUCAUUGAUGAUAUUCAAAAUAGACAGUCUUAUGAUAUAUAUUAUUUAUAUAUAUGUGUGUGUGUGUGUGUGUGUGUGUGUGUGCGCGUGCCUGUGUGUGUGUAUGUGCAU